ACUACUGUUGUCGUUUUGAGUCUCUUCAAGAUUUCACAAAUGACAUGCUGCCUUCCACUCCAACACUCGACACAACAAUUCCAUGGCUAACCCUAACACCUUAUUCUCCUUGAGUCCCUAACUCUCACUGUCGUCGCAAGCUUGAAGUCGUGAGGUCUCAGGGUUGCCCCUUGCAGUCGCGGGCUAUCUGUUUAUCUCUCUCCCUGUCUAAGUUCCCUUUAACUGUCGCCACAAGAGUGAAUCGUGAAAUGGGUUGGAAAGCAGCUGAGAAACUCAUUAGGCACUGGAAAGUUCUCAGAGGGGAUAAUGUUAUGAUAAUAAGGGGUAAAGAUAAGGGAGAGACUGGGAAUAUUAAGCGUGUCAUUCGCACUCAGAAUCGUGUCAUUGUUGAGGGUAAAAAUCUGGUGAAAAAGCAUAUCAAGCAAGGGCAAGGUCACGAAGGGGGCAUCUUUACUGUUGAAGCUCCAAUCCAUGCCUCCAAUGUGCAAGUUAUUGACCCAGUGACAAGGAAGCCUUGCAAGGUUGGAACUAAAUAUCUUGAAGAUGGUUCUAAAGUCAGAGUAUCCAGAGGAAUAGGAGCAUCUGGAUCCAUAAUCCCUCGACCUGAGAUCUUAAAGAUAAGAACUACCCCACGACCUACUGUGCUUGGUCCUAAAGAUACUCCAAUGGAUCUUGUGUUAGAGAAGACUUAUGAUGCUAAAACAGGAAGGGGCAUGCCUGAGCUUUAAGGAGAUUAGGUACCUUACAAUUUAGGUAGUUGCUAUCACGAUGAACAAGAUAGGGAAUGAGGUUGUCACAUGCUUUGUCUAUCGUGAUUCUGUUGAAUUGCUUUCAAAUUUUCGUGUUUAAUGUGAUCGUAUGAGUUACCUAUAGCUAAAAAAAGUAAUAAUUCUUCUCCUGCAUAAUUGAUGUUAUCUCCUUCAAGGAUGGUUACCUUGUUUUGGUUUGGUGUUUCAUGUGGACUUGGAAGAAUUGGUGAGUUUUACCUUGCUCCCUGAUCAGGGUGCACAGGCAGUGGUGGAUCAUUUAAGAAUUGCCCUUGCUCAUUAAGAAGUAGAAGUGAUAACAAAUGUCUAGAUAGAAUAUUAUAGUUGCUACUUUUAUGUUUGUGUUUUUUGUUUAAAAAAAUAAAAUAAUUUUAUAUUUUCACUA